GGCGCGUUCAAGGCCUCUGGCGCACAGGGGAAGAGACCGCUGGCUGGUCUGUAUAACAAUAAGCUCAGGCGGAGAGGGAGAGGAAGAGGAAGUAGUUGCCCCGCCAUUCGGUCUACGGUGCUGUCUGUCGAACCUCGGGACUGAAGUCACGGGUCAACCGGAUGCUUCUUGUAAUGUGAUUCACAUGGUAUCGGCUCCCCGCGCCCUGUAUGCCACCCUGUUUUCGUGCCGUGCCUCGCCAAGGGGGAAGCUUCAUAAUGAAGAUGAUACUCCAGAACCAUCAGUGGUUGAACAACCAUCCACCUCCACAGAAACUAUGCCAGCUUCUCAAACGGAGGCACCUCUACCUGAUGCAGAGACUUCACCUCCACCUUACUGUAGUGUUGCUACAGAAGCAGCUACAACAUCAGAAAUUGAAUUGCCUAAUGAUUUUUACCCAAUGCCACCUCCAUACAGUGUAGCUACCUCUCUUCCUACUUACGAUGAAGCGGAGAAAGCCAAAGCUGCAGCAAUGGCAGCUGUUGCAGCAGAAGCAGCAGCCCAACGACACGGCCAAUUUAGGGAGUCUAGGAGUCUGUUUGAUGAAAUAUUCCUGAGCCCACCAGAGGUAUGGUACAGUUCUAUGAAGUUUAGAUUUUGCAGUGAGUUUUUCUUCCUGGAAGAAGAGUAUCCACCAAGAGAUGAUUUCAGUGAUGCAGACCAACUACGUGUGGGCAAUGAUGGGAUCUUUAUGUUGGCCUUCUUCAUGGCGUUCAUUUUCAAUUGGAUUGGAUUUUGCUUAUCAUUCUGUAUAACUAAUACCAUAGCAGGAAGAUAUGGUGCCAUUUGUGGAUUUGGACUGUCCUUGAUCAAAUGGAUUCUUAUUGUUCGGUUCUCAGAUUACUUCACUGGCUAUUUCAAUGGACAGUAUUGGCUUUGGUGGAUAUUUCUUGUACUUGGCCUCCUCCUAUUUUUCCGAGGUUUUGUUAAUUACCUAAAAGUUAGAAAUAUGUCUGAAAGUAUGGCAGCCGCUCAUAGAACAAGAUUUUUCUUCUUAUACUAGAGAGUGCAUCGACCAGGCAUUCCUUUCUCAUACCAAUGUGAACUUCCAGCCAUUAUGUAAUCUUCCCACUGAAUAAGGAAAGAUGACUACUUAAAACAGAUUGGUUUGGAGCAGGAUUUUUUUGCCGCUUAAUGAAUGACAGGGUGGCUUAUGCUUAAGUGCCAUUUCUGUUCAUUCUGGUAAAUAUUUAUAUUAAGCAUUGCCUUUUUUCCUUGUGCAGAUGCACCAACUUUAACAAGAACUUAAAAAAAUAAAAUCAAUGCCUAUAGUCUGCUAAGCAGUUGAAUACAACCAGACUUGACUAAUUCAUAUUUGAAUCUGGAAGAAGUUAAGUGGUAACUUGUUUUCACAGUAUUAUGUACUAUCCACUAGCUGGUCUGAAGGGUACAAAGAACUUGUACCAAAUGACUUAAUAGUAAACCACUUGGACUCUUUUAGUAUAUAAAUUGGUGGAAUCCAAUUAUGCACAUAAAGGUUUUUAAAUCAUAUAAUUUGUAGCUCCAUAAACGCAUGUUGAAAUGCAUUUUAUUGAAGGCUGACCAAGUGCACCUGUCUUAUAAUGGACUCAUUGUGUGAAUUUGCUGUUUUUCCAUAGAUGUAGGUAAUAGAAGCAGUAGUCAUAAUUACUGUCAUUUUAAAACCCUGGAUUAGCUGAUGAUUGAAUUUAGCAUAUUCAGUAGAAACUGCAUCUACUGUUAUUUAGUAGUCCCAAUAUACGACCCAGGCAUUAAGUUAUGAGAAGGUUGUGGUAGCUGCUUCACUCUGGCACCAUCCCAUGCUGCUCUGGAAACACAGGAAGUCCAAUGACAAUUAGAUUACAAGGAGGUGGUUGUGGCUUUAGCCACUGGAUUGGGAAAGCAGUGGAACUGCUGCAGCUCCUUCCACAUGGUUUCUGCAUUUCUGCCUUCGUGGAGCAAUGUGGGAUUCAGCUAUGUUGUGGCAGUAGCCAUACCAUUCUCAAAACACUUGGAUCCGCCCAUAGACCUUUGAAAAAGAUACUGUGCAAAUUACCAGUCCUUAUGACUUCUAGAAAAACUUUUGCAUUCAUAGUUAAAUUCCUUUGUUUCACCAGUUUGAUCUGCACACUAGUCUCUUGACUAGAUACUUUAAUUAACACAUACCCUUGCAAAAUGGCCACCAAGCAUGUCUCUAAAGAGCCAGUGGACUUAAGAGGCGGGUCUGAACAAAAUAGUCUUCUGAGUGUAUGACUAGGAAUAAUGAAUUUGAAUCACAAGCCCCUUAGCUCAGUUCAUUCUCAUGUUCGAUCUCAUUGGAAGGUCUAGCAUAAACAAUUGCUAGAUGAAACCACGUUUUUAGGUAGGUGGGCCUGUGUGCAGCUCCAUCCCUAUCGCAUCCAUCCUUCAGUCAACAGGUGUAACUGGACACAAGUGCAGGUUCUUCAGACAUUACAGCUGCACAACUUUCAUUCAGCCAGGUGAGUCUGUGAGAGAUCCCUGCCCAUGUUUUCAGUUAAAAGGAAUGGAAGUUACACAACACCAGUUGAUAGAAAACCUAGAUUUUCAGCGCAGAACAUUGAUUUUCAUUGUGGCUGUGUUUAUAGAAAGUCAAUUAUGUGAUCAUUUAUUAUUUAAGGAGCAGCCCAAGUAAGGAGUUCUUUAGUAUAUUUUUAGAACGUUUUGAUUCCAUACCCACUUCUAUAGCAAAUUUAUAAACAAUAAUAGUUUUCAGGCAACAGAAAUGAUGUUCCUUUUGACUAAACUAAUAUAUCUAGGGCCCUUUGGAGAGGUAUUGCAAAUACGCAUAUGUUUACUUUACCCAAACAUUUCUGAGACUUAACACUCUGGCAUGGAGGGCAACAAAGAUCUCUUAAACAUAUACAACAAUAGUCAUCUCAGUUUGCUGCCAUUAACUAAUUACUCUGCAUUUCAGGAGUGGGAAAUGCACAUUUAUUCUCUUUAUUUCUUAAUUUGACCUCUUGAAUUUUUAAUAUUAGCAUAUAGAGGAAUUAUAUGUUGUCUCAUUUAGUACUGUAUCCUAUUUUGUGUCUAUUUUGUUCAUAAAGUCAACGGUUUAUAUUCUUUAAUGUUUCAGAAUUAAUGAAAAAAAGCCUAAGAAUAUGAGAACACAUGCCCAUUCUACUUUUCUUGAAAACAGCAUUCUCUUAUGAGUUCUGACAUGUUUCUCUCUGAAUUCAUUAUUAUUUUUUUAAAUCUCUCUGCUCCCUAGAGACAAGUGACUUUUUGUUUUGGAAUAAAGACUUCAUGUUUUUGCAUUGUA